CUGCGAGUGACGACAUCAGGGUGCGCCGCCCUCGCCGCCAGCGCCGCCAUCGCCAUGAACAGCGUCGGGGAGGCUUGUACGGACAUGAAACGCGAGUACGACCAGUGCUUCAAUCGCUGGUUUGCUGAGAAGUUCCUCAAGGGGGACGGCUCCGGGGAUCCGUGCACCGAACUCUUCAAGCGCUACCAGCAGUGUGUUCAGAAAGCAAUCAAGGAGAAAGAGAUUCCCAUUGAAGGACUGGAGUUCAUGGGCCAUGGCAAAGAGAAGCCUGAAGGCUCUUCUUAAUCUUGACACCUUGCAGCUGUAUCCCUCGCAUCAGGAAACUGAGCACCCUGGAACUGCGUCAACCAGUAUUGUGAGCCCAGCCGUCGGGUUUGCCGCGGGCUCCAGGAGGGCACGGUUUCCUCACUUGUAAGAGACCAGGGAACCACUGGCAUCUGCUGCUUUAAGAGGACUGCUCUGGCAUCUGGCAGAACCUCAUCGUGCUCAAAUGGACGAUUUGUUGGAACUGCAUCCUAGACCCUGGGAACAGCUUUAAAUAUACCUUGUAGGUACAUAGUGGUCAACCAGUCAGGAUGGUGGCGGUGGCCUGACUUCCACGCACUGCACCGGGGUCAUCGGAACCACCUGUUAGGCUUUUCCUCAGGAAGCUGAUGCUCUGACAAGGGCUCCGCGCACAAUGGCUGGAACAAAUGCUUUGGGAGCACAGUCACAGCUCCCUGCCUUAACCAGAGGUGUCAGCCUAAGAGGGGAGACCUUCUGCAAUGUUGCAGCAAUCACCAUUUCAAAGCUCAGCAGAAAUGAAGACGCUUGGAGUUGUCAUGGAAGGAGAAACCUGAAUUGCACAUUUGCUCUUGCCUGAUUUCAGCCUGAAUCCGUUAAUCCAACUGCAGAUCCUACAAAUGCCACAUGCUGCUUCUGGUGAUCUAAGGGGGGAAGGGUAUUUGGCCUUGAUUACCUGCCCUGUGAUUAUGAAGAUGGAAUAAAUUGUAACAUUGA